AAGUGGUCGCAAGUGGACUUAAUCAUAAUAUUAACAGUAAUGAUAUUCAUUAUAUACCAGUGAGGGGAAACGAACAAAAAUCCCAAUCGCUUUUUUUUUCAUCCUCCGGUGAAAAGAAGAGGACUGUGAGUGAGAGAGACAGAGCGAACGAGAAGUCGUGCCACCGGAUGUUUUUUGUUAUUUUGUGUUUUUUGAUGCAGUCUGAGGGCACGGACUCUGAUAUGAGUCGCCAUGACGAUAGAGGACCUGUGUCUCGUGCGCUGAGUUAGCCGCUAAUGCGUUAUACGCAUUUGUUUCUGUUAUUGUUUUAUUUUAUCAUUUCCCUCUCGCCUUUUUAGCGAUAAAAUAUGUGGUAACCUCGCCGUCGGGAGCGACAGGGGUGUUGUCAGGGAAAAUAAGAAAGAAAAGGGAGUAGGAGGGGGGUUAAGGUGUUUAUUCCCCCUUUAUUUCCUUCUUCUGUCCUUUAUGUUCUUAUUUUUUUUUAUUUUUUAUUAUUAUUGUUGUUUUGGGCAACGGACUGACGCGAGGAAGGCGCGAGAGCCUGCGACACAUUCAUGACGAAUUACAUCUGAACAAAUGCUGAUGGCAUAAACUCCGGUUUUGGCACUGAAGUCUGAAUAAUCACCGGGAAAGAAGCGGAGACACCUCGCAUCGACUUUGAAUUGUGGGAACUAAUGAGCAGAUCGCAAUAGAACGCAUGUUACCGUAACAUCAGCAUGAAGGUCCUCAACAUUCAGUGAGGACCAACACGCCAUCUCCUCUGCAGAUCCCUCACAUUUCCUUACUAUACUCCAACUUCUGUGUGGCCUAGACACUCUUUCCCCCUCGUCUGUUUCAUAUCUGUCACUCAUUGCUGGGGCAGCAUUUACCGCAUCCGAAGCAUGUCAUCGGUGGGUGUGGCACGAUCAAGGCGGGAUUUGGCCCCUUCCUGCCCACGCCGCAUAUCUGACACUUGCCUUGUGUGGCUGCUGGGCUUGGCGCUGCGUUUGGCGCUCUCAUCAUGCCAGCGGGCAGACCUCAUCGCUGCAAAGCACCCAAUGGUCACCACAGGCUACGGUAAGCUCCGGGGCGUUCGCAAAGAGCUGAACAAUGAGAUUUUGGGCCCAGUGGAGCAGUACUUGGGCGUCCCUUACGCCACUCCGCCAGUGGGCGAAAGGCGAUUCCAGCCCCCGGAGGCACCAGGCUCCUGGCAGGAGAUCCGUAAUGCUACCCAGUUUGCACCCGUUUGCCCCCAAAACAUCCAAGGUGUGCUGCCAGAGAUCAUGCUCCCUGUAUGGUUCACUGACAACCUGGAUGCAGCUGCAGCAUAUGUACAAAACCAGAGUGAAGACUGCCUUUACCUCAACGUCUAUGUUCCCACAGAGGAUGGUCCACUCACAAAAAAACACGAUGAGUCUUCAAUGAACAGGCCGAGGGACGAAGAUAUUAGAGAUCGUCGGAAGAAGCCUGUGAUGUUGUUUAUCCAUGGUGGCUCGUUCAUGGAGGGAACUGGAAAUAUGUUUGAUGCGAGCGUUCUUGCUGCUUAUGGAAACGUGAUUGUCGUCACGAUGAACUACAGAUUAGGCGUUCUGGGUUUUCUGAGCACUGGAGAUCAGUCUGCAAAGGGGAAUUAUGGGCUAUUGGACCAGAUUCAGGCUCUGCGCUGGCUCAAUGAGAAUAUUGGCCACUUUGGGGGAGACCCAGAGAGAAUCACAAUAUUUGGCUCUGGGGCAGGAGCCUCAUGUGUCAACCUUCUCAUCCUGUCCCAUCACUCUGAAGGUCUGUUCCAGAGGGCCAUUGCUCAGAGUGGCUCGGCUAUAUCCAGCUGGUCAGUGAACUACCGGCCACUCAUGUACACCAAGAUCCUAGCCAAGAAGGUUGGCUGCAGCAAAAGCGACACUGCUGAUCUGGUGGAAUGUCUGCGAAGGAAGAGAUUCAGGGAGCUUGUAGAUCAAGACAUCCAACCUGCCCGCUACCACAUCGCAUUUGGACCAGUGGUGGAUGGAGAUGUGGUACCCGAUGACCCUGAAAUCCUCAUGCAGCAGGGGGAGUUUCUGAACUAUGACAUCCUGUUGGGGGUAAACCAGGGUGAAGGGCUGAAAUUUGUGGAUGACAGUGAGGGUGAAGAUGGAAUUUCUGCUGCUUCUUUCGAUUACACCAUAUCUAACUUUGUAGAUAACCUAUAUGGAUACACAGAUGGUAAAGAUAUACUUCGGGAAACUAUAAAGUUCAUGUACACCGAUUGGGCUGACCGUGACAAUGGUGACAUGCGGCGUAAAACUCUACUUGCACUUUUCACUGAUCACCAGUGGGUGGCACCAGCAGUGGCCACAGCGAAGCUGCAUGCUGAGUUCCAGUCACCGGUUUAUUUUUACACCUUCCACCACCACUGCCAGACAGAGGCACGGCCCGAGUGGGCAGACGCAGCACAUGGUGAUGAGAUCCCAUAUGUAUUUGGUGUUCCCAUGGUGGGUGCCACAGAUCUAUUUCCCUGCAACUUUUCCAAGAACGAUGUCAUGCUCAGUGCUGUGGUGAUGACCUAUUGGACCAACUUCGCCAAGACUGGUGAUCCGAACAUUCCCGUGCCGCAAGAUACCAAGUUCAUCCACACUAAGCCCAAUCGCUUCGAAGAAGUGAUCUGGACCAAGUUCAGCUCUAAAGACAAGCAGUACCUGCACAUUGGGCUGAAGCCUCGCAUCCGUGACAAUUACCGUGCCAACAAGGUGGCCUUCUGGCUGGAACUGGUUCCACAUCUCCACACCCUGCACAAGGUUUCCAUAACCACACGACUACCCCUCGGUCCCCCAGGUACACGCUCCACACGCCACCCUACGGUUUCUACCUAUCCACCCGAACCUGACCCUGAUGGUUCUGAAAGGCCUCGCUUCUCCCCCUUCCCAAGUGAGACGCGGGACUAUUCGACGGAGCUGAGUGCAACGGUUGCAAUUGGGGCAUCGCUUCUUUUCCUCAACGUGCUGGCUUUUGCCGCGCUGUACUACAAACGCGACAAACGGCAUGAGCUGCUACAACGCCGUCACCGCCGCCUCUCGCCCCAACGUGGGGUAGGGCAAGGUGUGGGAAUUGUGGGAGCCCCUCCCCAUAAUGACCUGGCAUUGAGCCAGGAGGAAGAGCUAAUGUCCUUGCAGAUGAAGCAGCAGAGGGUGGAGCUUGACCAUGGCACUCCCCUUCCCUCACGUAGUCUCCAUGGCGACCUGGAGCCCCUGAGACCACCCGUAUGCCCGCCAGACUAUACUCUGGCACUGCGGCGGGCUCCCGAGGAUGUACCACUUAUGACAGCUAACACACUGUCCAUGAUCCCUAGCACCAUCACUGGCAUGCAGCCCUUUCAUGCCUUCAACACAUACCCCCCUGUGCCUGCACCAAGUGAUGGGCACAGCAACAACGCCCUGCCCCACCAGCACUCCACCACGCGGGUAUAGUAGCCACUCAGAAGGGACCAGACACCCCACAACCGUAGGAACACAGACCUACUGUGCAAAGAGUGGUGUUCUACAUAGAUACUGUCCAACACGCCACUCCUGUCCUUUUUAACUCCUCUCCCAGCACACUAUCUUUCUAUCUCUUUCUUUUUUCUUCUUCUUCUUCUUUUUUCCUCUUAUUCUUGGAUUGAGUAAUGGAGACGGCUUUGGGCUGAGACACUUCUGCCAGUCUUAAUUUUCCCCACUCAAUACAGCAGCUAUCCCAACACUGAGCUCCCCUCUGAUUUUGUCUAAUUUCCCAUUUCUUUAUUUAUCUGUUCUUUUCCCCAACACACUUCUGCUCUGCUGUAGCUGUUUGUAGUCCCCAAAAAAGAACAGUUUUUCCUACUUUGGACUGUUUUAUAAAUCAAGAAAUCAUAUGUGUAAAAUAUGUAUUAUUGACAACCUUAUAAGGCUAUGAAUGAAAAAAAGAGAUUCUACUAUAAAAUUUUUACCAGCAUUCUUGUGCCAAGUACUGUGAUCAUCGUUCAAUCAGACGCAGUCUCGUGGAUGGACAUGGAGAGAAUCGCCUGAACUGGAUCUAUUCGCGCAAUUUGCAGAAUUGAGGAAAAAUUGCCAAUUAUUUUUUCUUUUCUUUUUUCUCUCUUAAGUUAUUUUUUUGCUUUUUGUUUUGCACUGUCACUGUUAUUUGCCUAAGGGGAGAAAUGACAAACACUACAAAUAUCUAUAUAAAAAGUAAAGAUUUCGAAUUAUUUAAUUUAUAUCUUUAUUGCAUUUUUGGAAAUUUGCAUGAUUUAUUUUUUAAGAGGAAAAUGGACAUCAGAACAGCAUUUAUUCCACAUUCAAGAUUCAAGACUCUUCUUUCUUCGUCUUUUUAUUAUUGUUGUCUUUUUCUGGAACAGUCUUAUAUCCCUUUCUGUCUCUCUCUUUCUCUCCCUGUCUCUAAUUUUCUUUUAACAUCAGCUAUAUUUUAUGCUCUUCAUUUGGAGAUUCUUUUCCCUCUGUAGAUACAUGGUCAUAUCAGGAAAUGAAAACUGAUUCUUGACGAUAAUAAAGAGGAAAAAUAGUUCCCUUCUUCUUUUCAUUUAUAAUUAUGGAAGUCCUAAAACAAACCUCAUCUUCUGGAGAAGGACUGAUUUGAUCCAAUCCCCUUGUUUUCUUUUUGAUCCCUAUAUUUCUCUCUGCUCGUAUAUUCCUCUGUAGCAAGCUGCACAUCAUGUCACAUUGAGUUAAGGAACAGUCACUGUGCUGGACUCUAUCUCCACAAAGACUCGGAUUCUGCUGAGCUGGACAUCUAGAGCGACGGGAUCAACACCUGCACUUGUCUCCGCACAGCUGGAUUCUCUCCAUCUCACUCAUUUAUCCAGAGCCCA